CGACCUUGCGUGCUCCAAGCUCACCAGCUAGCUGGACCUGGCUGGGCCGGGUGGUACUGAGAGGGAGAACUGGAGGUGAGGGGCCAAGCUGUUAAACUAGAAACUGUCCAAGCCCCGGCCGCUGCGAUCACGUUGUUAGACGAUGUCAGUGGUUCCCGCCGGCCUUGUUAUCAAGCGCCUUCGGAAGCCAGGUUCUGGAAAUAGACCAGGGAAACAGUAUACGGUUUAGUGAGCAUACAGGAGACUGAUAAGCAAGGGACUCAGGAAUGUUGUGGUGGGGCCGACGAAGGAUCUAGUGCAGGGCCUCUGAGCUUGGGAGCCGAGGAGGCAUCCGUUCACAGCCGAUGAAUCAUUGCAGAGCAGGAAUUGCGAGACCUCCACGUUUAAGAUGCCGCUACUGUGAUGAGAUGUGGCACCGGGCAGAGAGAGAAGUUGGCGGUCAGAAUGCUAGUUAGGAGUUUGUGCAAUAGAAUCCUGCUUAUCAAUGAAAUGCAGCUAACUCAUCAGCUGGACCUAUUUCCUGAAUGCAGGGUGACCCUUCUGUUAUUUAAAGAUGUAAAAAAUGCUGGAGAUUUGAGAAAAAGAGUCAUGGAAGGUACUAUUGAUGGUUCAUUAAUAAACCCUAGAAUGAUUGUCGACCCAUUUCAGAUACUUGUGGCAGCAAAUAAAGCAGUUCACCUCUACAAACUGGGAAAAAUGAAAACAAGAACUCUAUCUACUGAAAUUAUUUUCAACCUUUCCCCAAAUAAUAAUAUUUCAGAAGCUUUGAAAAAGUUUGGUAUCUCAGCAAAUGAUACUUCAAUUCUAAUUGUUUAUGUUGAAGAGGGAGAAAAGCAGAUAAAUCAGGAAUACCUCAUCUCUCAAGUAGAAGGUCAUCAGGUUUCCCUGAAAGACCUUCCUGAAAUAACAAAUAUUACAGAUGUCAAGAAGAUAUAUAAAUUAUCUUCACAAGAAGAAAGUAUUGGAACAUUACUGGAUGGUAUCAUUUGUAGAAUGUCAACAAAAGAUGUUUUAUGAAAUGACAGAAACGUCAACAAAAACUUUUAAGCAUUUACAAAAAAUUUGAUUUCCCUCUCCUGAUUAUAAAGUUAAUAGAUAUCUCUAUUAUAAUGGCAUUAUCAUAAAUGUGUAGAAAGCUGAAACUUCACUGUGAUUAGGGUUCAGAGUUAGAUCUGUGCUCCCAGUGGCAUCAUCACCCUAUCUUUUUGUGCCAUUACUAAAACAUGUUCUUUUCGUCUGUGUGUAGCAUUACUUAUUCCACAUUUUUGUUACUUUAAAAUGUUCAUUUUUGCACAUUUCCACUUCUUUAGGAUAGUUUCUAUAUUAUUGGGCAAGAGGUCAUGAAUUUACAGUCUUCUAAUAUGAUGAGUCUUUGCACUCCCAAUAGUAGCACAGAACUGCUAGCCACAGAGCUAGCUAGUACACGCUAGCUCACCAGCAGUGCUGCUUUUAACAGACAUAUUUGCCACUUUGAAAAGUUGGGCUACUGGGGAAGGUGAAUUCGUAGUUCUUUGUAUGUUAAAAAAAGUGGUUUUAAAAUGUAUUAUUGGGCCCUCGAUGGUGGCGCAACUGAUUAGAGCACAGCACUAUGAAGAUGGCCGCAGCCACUGCAGCAGGAAGGAGUUCAGUUCCCAGCCAGGGAGGUGA